UUGUGUGCUGUCUGUAAACGCGUGGGCACGGAGAGAAGGAUGCAAGUUGUCAGGCCUCAAAUAUUGUGCCCGAAUAGUGGAGAAGGCCCGACAGCAGCUGCAGGAGGAAGUUCUACAGGUUCAGAGCCAGCUCUUGGAUGAGAAGAAGAAGCGCGAGCAGCACGAGGCCCUGGUCAGGCGUCUGCAGAAACGUGUGCUGCUGCUCACCAAGGAGCGGGAUGGGAUGCGAGCGAUCCUGGAGUCGUAUGACAGCGAGCUGACCCCUGCAGAGCACUCCCCACAGCUGAGCCGGCGCAUGCGGGAGGCCGAGGAGAUGGUGCAGAAGCUGCACGCUCAUAACGCCGAGCUGGAGGUUCAGAUGUCUCAAGUUCUGGAAGAAGUGGGAAAUCAGAAGCAAAGAGCAGAGAUGGUAAGUGGUGGUUGUUUGUUUUUUUUUUUUUUUCCCCAUUUAUUAUUAUUAUUUUCUUGAUGUUUCACAGAGCAG